CAUAGGCGUUUUCGGGAAGGAAGCGCCUUGGAAGCAAAUUAAUGCAAAUUUUAAUGCAAAACUAAACCGCCAAUUAAACAAAAAUUAGAAAUGAACUAAACCACUAACCACACCGGAGACCCAAGCUGGAGAAAGCAGAAAAGGCUGCAACUUUUUGGGGGUGGGUUGGGCGAGAUCCGGGGGGCCCGGGGCUUUUGGUUUUGGGCGCCGUUUUUGCGAUCUAGGUUUUUUCGGCGCAGCCCGCCGGGCCCUUGCGUUGUCUCCUCUUGAUCCUUGGCGGAUUUUGCUUCUGAUUCCCGGUUGGCGUUGUGCCAGCGCCGUUCCCAGUGUUGCCUAUAUUUGCCCGGGCCAUUGGGGCCUCCUCGCUCCAUCCAUUCCGCUUCGGUCCCCGGUUCCGCUUCGCGAUCUGGCGCAGAAGGCAGGGGCGCGAUGGGGUCGGGGGUAGCCGGCCCCGGUUGUCCUCGCGCGGCCCUGGCCACUUCCUGCGUUCGCCCCCUGGCUGUGUUGGCCGUGUGCCGUGUCUAUCCUCUAGGCUUUCCCGCCGUCGCUUUUGCGUAUUCCCCUGCCCGCCUUUCUGCUUUUACGUUAAUGCUUUUUUACGCCAGUUUCAAACUGGGUAGCUUGCCCGGGGCCGGCAGCCUGAGGGCGGGGCGACUUCUGUUUAUUUUUGCCCCCCAUUUCGCAGACCACGACUACCCUAAAAGACAAAUGGCGACACAGGACCGCCGUCAAAAAUCACUGCAAACUCGCCGGCCUUAAAACUAAUGGGCGUCCAAGCUCUAAUAUAGCACGUCUUGAUCUUGCUCCUAGCCUUGCGGGGCCCUACCUACAAUUUGCAUUGAGUGCCAAAGAUCAUUGAUGUUUGGCACACUUGCUUCGGGAAAGGAGCGCAGUUUUGUCUAGUAGAGACACGAUUUGUCAUCAAAUCAGUUGCUCUUCAAAAGAAAUGGUAAAAAGCGAGCUGGUUCUCCUACUGGGUUCGCUUCACAGCUGAGCUUGAGCUAGAGCAAAGCGCCACAAAAUAUUUCGCAGGGAUUAGAGGACGGUCACAAACCUAAUCCGUACUAGGUCCGCGCCGGACUUAUGGACCACCCGGCCGGGUGGUCCUUAGGUCCGGCGCCCCAAAAGUUAUUUUCUGCCGUCAAAGUGGGACUCAGCUGCUGCAGCUCGUGUAGUUAUGUAAAGAAAGCCUGCAGCUGUUGCUUGUGCUUUCGUACAGGCGUGGAAACCUGCUGCUGCCUGUGAAAUAUUAGCAAAAGUCCACAGGUGAAAGAAGAAAAACCCGCUGAUAUCAGCAUCCACGUACGAGCGUGGUUCGCUACUGCAGCAUCUUUGAUUUUUGCUUGGACUGGCGGUGGCACUAGUUGUCGUCGAUGUUGAAGACCAUAAUUCCGUUGUGAUCUCUAACUGCCGAAGCCGAU